AUGAAGAAGCGUGUCUCCCGGUCCGUCAAGGACGACAUCCAGUUCCCGGACGGUCGCUACGCCCAACGCGUCGGUCUCGCGUCUCAUGUGAUAGAUGAGUGGAUUCAUGAAGCUUCGACUUCUCGUCUUCACUGGGAUCUUCUGGCGGACGUGAGCAUUGCCCACGGCGGAAUGCUCCCCGACAUCAACCAGGUGUUGCUGCCGAAGAAGACGGACGAGGUCUCCGAGGAACCCAAGUCGGGCGCCCAAGAAGGCUGCUAA